AUGGCACUCGUUUGGAUGUAUACGUCCCUUCUUAUCUUUCACUUUUCCUUCCUCAAACCGAGUCGGGCUUUAAGGAACUAUCCCGAAAAUGAAGUUACGCUGCUGGACUCGAUGUCUGCUCUGGGAGACCUUGGCUGGGAAGCCUAUCCACCAGAAGGGUGGGAGGAGAUCAGCGUGAUGGACGAGAGGAACACGCCUAUGCGCUCCUACCAGGUGUGCAACGUGAUGGAGGCCAACCAGAACAACUGGCUGCGCACGCGCCACAUCGCCCGGGAUGGCGCCCAGCGGGUCUACGUGGAGAUCAAGUUCACACUGCGCGACUGCAACAGUCUGCCGGGCGUGCCGGGCACCUGCAAGGAGACGUUCAACAUGUUCUACUACGAGUCCAACAACCCCAGCCUGUGGUUCAUCAAGGAGAGCCAGUACGUGAAGAUCGACACCAUCGCGGCCGACGAGAGCUUCACGCAGACGGACGUGGGCGACCGCGUCAUGAAGCUGAACACGGAGGUGCGUGACAUCGGCAACCUCAGCAAGAAGGGCUUCUACCUGGCCUUCCAGGAUGUGGGCGCCUGCAUCGCGCUGGUGAGCGUGCGCGUCUUCUACAAGCGCUGUCCUGCUGCCGUGCUCAACCUGGCGCGCUUCCCCGACACGGUGACGGGCGGCGACUCAGCACUGGUGGAGGUGCACGGCGCUUGCGUGGACGACUCGGAGGAGGUGGAGGCCCCGCGCAUGUACUGCAGCGCAGACGGCGGCUGGCUCGUACCCAUUGGCCGCUGCGCGUGCAGGCCGGGCUUCGAGGAGAGCAAGGACCACUGCCAGCCUUGCAGCCCAGGCACGUACAAGGCAGCGGCAUCAGACGAAUACUGCAGCAAGUGCCCACCGCACAGCCACGCCCACCAGGAGACGGCCGACGAGUGCACCUGCGAGAGCGGUUUCUACCGCUCCCGCGCCGACACGCCCGCCAUGGCCUGCACGAAGCCGCCCUCAGCUCCGGAGAACCCCGUCUACACCCUCAACGACACAUCCGUGUCUCUGGAGUGGGACCCGCCGCAGGACGGCGGCGGGCGCGGCGACGUCACCUACGACGUGCGCUGCAGGAAGUGCCCAGGCGACGGCAGGAAGUGCAGCCCCUGCGGCAGCGGUGUCCGCUUCCUGCCACGGCAGCUCGGCCUGACGUCACCGAGGGUACUCGUGUCUGACCUCCUGGCCGACACCAACUACAGCUUCAGCGUGGAGGCGGUCAACGGCGUGUCGGACCUGAGCCCCACCGCCAGGCAGCAAGUGACCGUCAACAUCACCACCGGCCAGACAGUGAGUGUUAUUCUGAAGGAAAGGAAGAGUAAAGACAGUGUCACGCUGGCGUGGCAUGGGCCGGACAGACCCGACGGAGCCAUCGUGGAAUAUGAAGUCAUCUAUUACGAGAAGAACCAGCGGGACCAGAACUACACGGUGCUGAAAACCAAGGCGACCGUGAUGACCGUGGAGGGCCUGAAGCCCGGCACCACGUACGUGUUCCGGGUCCGAGCACGCACUGACGGAGGCUACGGCAGCUACGGCGGCGAGAUCGAGCUGGAGACCAGUCACGAAGACAUGUUGGCUAUCGGAGACCCGAACCAGUCCACCAUCCUGGUGGUGUCAGUGGCAGGAGGUGUGGUGCUGCUCAUUUUCCUGGUGGCCUGUUUCGUCGUAAGUGGAAGGCAUUGCGGCUACAUCAAAGCAAAGCAAGACCCAGACGAAGAGAAGGUCCAGCGUGGGCGAGUCAAACUGCCAGGAAGCAAGACCUACAUCCACCCGCACACAUACGAGGACCCCAACCAGGCCAUCCGUGACUUCGCCAAGGAGAUCGACGCCUCCUGCAUCCGCAUAGAGAGAGUCAUCGGGGCCGGCGAGUUCGGGGAGGUGUGCAGCGGACGCCUGAAGCUGCCCAGCAAAAGGGAGAUCUAUGUGGCCAUCAAGAGCCUGAAGGCGGGCUACACAGAGAAGCAGAGGCGGGACUUCCUGAGCGAGGCCAGCAUCAUGGGCCAGUUCGACCAUCCCAACAUCAUCCGCCUGGAGGGCGUGGUCACCAAAUGCAAGCCAGUGAUGAUCAUAACGGAAUACAUGGAGAACGGCUCCUUGGACACCUUCUUAAAGAAGAACGACGGGCGCUUCACGGUCAUCCAGCUGGUGGGCAUCCUGCGCGGCAUCGCCUCGGGCAUGAAGUACCUGUCGGACAUGAGCUACGUGCACCGCGACCUGGCCGCCCGCAACAUCCUGGUCAACAGCAACCUGGUGUGCAAGGUGUCCGACUUCGGCCUGUCCCGGGUGCUGGAGGACGAUCCAGAGGCCGCCUACACCACGCGGGGGGGAAAGAUCCCCAUCCGCUGGACGGCGCCGGAAGCCAUCGCCUACCGGAAGUUCACCUCCGCCAGUGACGUGUGGAGCUACGGCAUCGUCAUGUGGGAGGUGAUGUCGUACGGCGAGCGGCCGUACUGGGAGAUGUCCAAUCAAGACGUGAUUAAGGCGAUAGACGAGGGGUACCGGCUGCCAGCGCCCAUGGACUGCCCCGUGGUGCUCCACCAGCUCAUGCUGAACUGCUGGGAGAAGGGUCGCAGCGACAGGCCCAAGUUCGGCCAGAUCGUCAACACCCUGGACAAGCUGAUCCGCAACCCCAGCAGCCUGAAGGAUCUGGCCAGCACCUCCAUAUGGGAAGACGUGUCCACUCCAGAUUUGAGCGUCGGAACCGUGGACGAGUGGCUAGACGCCAUCAGGAUGGGUCAGUACAAGGAGAACUUUGCUUCCGCUGGCUACGUCACGCUAGACGCAAUACUCUACAUCAGUUUAAGUGAGCUGAGUAAGAUGGGCGUGACCCUUGUCGGGCAUCAGAAGAAGAUCCUCUCCGGUGUCCAGAGUCUGCAUGCCCAGGGGAGUCAAGUGCAGGUAUAACAGCUCCGCCAGCAGACAGAGCGGAGCUGUCAGACUGACAUCACACCCAGAGAAAGAGAGAGGGGGAGAGAGAGAGAGAGAGAAAGAAAGAGAGAGAGAGGGAGAGAGAGCGAGCGCUAACCCCAGAACUGCUGCUCCCAGAACCGUCUCCAACCAGCAGCUUCACCGAACAAAUUGUCACCCCACCCCCCCAUCCCGGACGCCCGGAGCGCCGUUCCACAGCCUCCGCACUCAAAGAGCCGGCACCACGCCACAGAGGCCAACCCGUGACGGGGCGACCCGGCAGAGAAAGAGAAAACUAACUUUAAAAAAAAAAAAAAAAAAGAACAAGAAAGAAAGGGGAAGUGAUCCAGCGAACAUUAUGAACUGUUUUGUGAAGUGUGCGGUCAUUUUGCAUUGUCUUGCAAUUCGUAUGAUGUCAUUCAUGUCAUUUCAUUGGUUUAAUUACCAAGGUCACAAAGAGGUGCCUGAUAGCCAGACUGGGAUUAAAUUGGGAUUGGUGCAUUCGGGGGGCCUGCCUCAGUAGGGGUAUGUCUCCCAUUCUUUUACCCCCAUCUGCAACCAGAAAGCAGACUGAAAGGGAUUAGGGCAUGUGAUUUAAAAUGUUGACUCUCUUAGCCGUCUGUAGUCCAGAUCGGCCGUUAUGUUUUUCCGCAGCAAUUAUAUGACACCCCUCCCAUGGGCCCCACGAUCCCGAUAAUAAACGAAUGACCAUUCUGCUUGGUUUUCAUAUCUAGUGGCAGCUGGACAUGGUGUUGCUAGUGGUGGAUUGGAGUGUAGUCCUUGGCUUUGUGUCUGAGAUUAUGAGGCAGUGAGAUUACGGGGACGCAUUAGGAAGAAAGAGGACGCUUCAGGACACAACUGGAGCCUCACUGCGGUAUACUCGGUAACGGCUGUUCGUUACCUCAGAGCAGAAGCAGCCAUUUUUCUCAUGAUCAUACUGUGAUAAAAAAGAAUGCCAGACGCUUUUUUUGGAGUGGAGGAGAGGGGGUUCUUUUAUCAUUUGUUACACAUCCUGGCUGUGUGAAUGCUGGUGCGUGUUGACCAUUAAAACUGGGAAUGCGUCCCUUCAUCGCACGGCUAAAGCGUUGUCUCUGAAUGAGGGGCUGCUUAUCUGUGCGAGGACCCAAUUGGGGGGUUUGGUGGUGUUUAUUUUUACUUUUUUCUUGUUUCUUUGUUGUCAUCGUCGUCGUCCCCCCCAAAUUUCCUACUGUCCUUCUGUAUUCCCAAAUGGAAGCUGGUGGAGAUCGGCAUUCCCGAACGACAUAGGCCUAAGCGAGCUGGCUGACACCUUAAGCUGCAUGGCUAAUCUGGAGUACAAAAAGUAUUCAACUUUAUUCGGUAAAUAAGUCUCGGGUGAACCGUAUCACACGUAGCCAAUAGUGCAACACUGCAUGGUUCCAUUUACAAGACCAUCCUGCAGAUCUGCGUGAUGCCCGUUGUCUUAGUAGACAAAUGGUAGACAAAAAAAAAACACGAAAAACCGUGUCAAUAUACUGUCAUGAAGAAACCAUCGUAAAGCAAGACUCCUCAGCGUCGAGCUCUUAGCGUUGACAACGCCUGCCACUUUUAUGUUUACAGCCGCGUUAACCCAAGAAGGACAGAUUCUAACGUAUUCUAAUGUAUCAUAGUGUAAAAAAAAGUGUACAGCGUUGAUUUCAAAUGAGAGAACAGGAAAAGAGCCUCUAGAAUGUUUGUAACGAUGUUACUCGAUCUAGUUUUUGAAGAGAGAAAAAAGAUGCGGUAACAUAACCGUCCCGGCGGAGUUUGCGGAUGUGGGAUAUGGCCGAAUUCUGGAAUGUAGCAUGGAUCCUCAAGCUUCAUCUUUGGUCGACAAGCGACAGUGACAGUUAGUCUUUCCCUCAAGCGGCUUGACUUUAGAUGCCUUAUUAACCGUGUUUCCUUCUCCCUUCCUCCCGGUAGAGGCCGUCUUCAUGAAAACCCGGAUGUACAUAGUAUUUAUCUCGCCGCCAUUCCGGUAGCCCGUCCUCCCGAGAAGCGAGUGCCGUUUUAUCCACAAGCGUUGGUGCAUGUGGCUUGGGGAAAGAAUGAUCGCAAACCCAAACAAAAUGUCCUCGUUCAAAAUUUACUAUUUUUGUACAAGUUGUGCUGUGGAGUAUCCUUGUUUGAUUUACGAAGACAACUAUCAUUUGUACAUCCUUGGUUGAUAACAGAAGCUAAUAAGCCUUGAUCAAACUGUUGAAAUUUCCUGACUAUGGAUUUUAUUCCAGAGACAUUUCACAUUUCUUUUUACCAGUGUGUGUGUUUUUUUCUUAUUUGGUGCAUUGUAAUUAAAUAUAAUCCGACAUGCUCCGUACGUGACUCACUCCAAGUUGUUGUCUUACAGGCACGCGAGUGUUUAUGAUUGCCACGCGACUUGUUUCAGAUUCAGCUCAAGUCUGAUCUGGGAUGUUGAAAUAUCAUUAUCAUGGUGUGAGAUGUAUUUUACAAAAACACAAAAACAAACUGAAACCCUGAGAGCGACUUGUAAUAUUUACUGGGUUGUUAGGGCGAAUGAGUCCGCAUUCACUCACCAAGGCCCCCUGUGCACGAGUCAUUAUUUUCUUGAGCGAUGGUUACAAAUUAUUCACUGUAAAAUGCAAGUUGAAGAGCAGUAAGAACUGUGUCAGUGCCCAUGAGUUUUGCCCAUAUUGCACAUAUUAAUAUGAAGUGUAAACAAACUAAAUGUAAAGUUGUGAUAAUAUAUUGAGAGAAAU